AUGGGUUUAGAUUUUGAUGUUUUGGAGUUUUGUAAAAAAUUACGGCAAAACAGGCCUCCUCCAUAUCAGUGCCCGUUAGAAAAAUGUGACAAAGUAUAUAAAAGCUUAUGUGGCUUACAGUAUCAUUUAGUAAAUUUUGAUCACGAUAAUCCCACACCGGCAACACCCGCAAUCACAUACAGUCGUAAAAAAGGCAGGACUAGGGCUGCAGUGACGACUGGAGAUAUUGCUCUGCAAACUCCUCCUAAAGAAGCUUUAACUUUUGCAGAAGCACAAAAAGUAGUACAAUUCGAGAUUGAUGGUAAAAUAAGUAGAAUACCUAUUGAUCAGCCAUUGCCUAUUAUUUCUUUGGAAGAAUGGGAAAAAAAGAAUGCUGAAUUAGAAAAACCCUUACCUUUUAUAGAACCCCCAGUAGAACCUCAUGUAAAAUUGCCAGAAGCUUCAUAUCAACUUAUACCAGAUUAUAACGAAAGAGUAUGUGAUGCACCUUCUCGGCCAAAUGCUUACAUUAGGUUCAUAGAAAAAUCAGCAGAAGAACUGGAUGGUGAGGUAGAGUAUGAUGUAGAUGAAGAGGAUACUGCAUGGUUGGCCAUCAUCAAUAAGAAUAGAGUUAAACAAGGCCUACCACCAGUAUCUGUUGAUACAUUGGAGUUAUUAAUGGAUCGACUUGAAAAAGAAUCUUACUUCCAAGCAACACAAAAUGGACAACAAACUGCAGCAACAGUAGAUGAAGAUGCUGUGUGUUGUAUUUGUAUGGAUGGAGAGUGCCAGAACACUAAUGUUAUUUUAUUCUGUGAUAUGUGUAAUUUGGCUGUUCAUCAGGAUUGUUAUGGGGUACCAUACAUUCCAGAAGGACAAUGGUUAUGUAGGAGAUGCUUACAGUCUCCUUCACGUCUUGUAAACUGUGUAUUAUGCCCCAAUACUGGAGGAGCAUUUAAGCAGACAGAUCAAGGAACUUGGGCACAUGUUGUAUGUGCAUUAUGGAUACCUGAAGUUCGUUUUGCUAAUACAGUUUUCUUGGAGCCUAUUGAUUCAAUAGAAAUGAUACCAGCGGCACGAUGGAAACUUCAAUGUAUGGUGUGCAAGCAACGCGGUGCCGGAGCAUGUAUACAGUGUCACAGAAGCAAUUGUUACUCCGCCUUCCAUGUGACGUGUGCACAGCAAGCUGGAUUGUACAUGAAGAUGGAGGCGGCGGGCUCAGGGCGGGACCCCAGCCAGCCGGUGCAGGUCGCGAAAAUGGCGUACUGUGAUGCGCACACGCCGGCACAUAUAUUACAAGAAAGAAGAGCUCAAGAGUCUGAAGGCGAUAAUAAAUCAUCAGAUUUAUCUGCCAUCAGACAAAAAGGCCGAGAGAAAAUCAAACAGGCGCGGCGGGUGCUAGCCCUCAAGCGCACGUGGGCGCCCGUGGUGCUGGUGCCCACGCUGCCGGCGGAGCGCGUGGCGGAGGUGGCGGCGCUGGCGCGCGGCCCGCCGCCGGCGCGCGCCCAGCUCAUGAAGCGGCUGCUCGCGUACUGGACGCUCAAGCGGCACAGUCGCAACGGUGUGCCGCUGCUGAGGCGGCUGCAGAGCUUGACUAGCCAUCACGGUACAAGAGGCAUCCAAGAUGGCACGGUUAAUGUUCGAGAGUUGUGCAAUCAGCUUAAGUACUGGCAGAGAAUACGUCAAGAUUUAGAAAGAGCAAGGUUGCUGUGCGAGCUGGUGCGCAAGCGCGAGCGGCUCAAGGCGGAGUACACGCGCGUGUGGGAGCGCUGCGUGCUGCACUCGCUGCGGCCCGAGCGCGCCGCGCUGCACAAGCUGCUGCGCCUGCUACGGCACGCCGACCACAGCGACGUGUUCACUGAGCCUGUGGACUUGCUUGAGGUACCCGACUACAGUACAAUAGUGAAACAUCCCAUGGACUUGAGCACCAUGGGCAAGAAGUUAGAUCGCGGCGCUUACAAGACGAUAGAUGACGUCGAAGCUGACUUCCAGCUCAUGAUCGAAAACUGUCUCACGUAUAACAAUAAAGAUACAGUGUUUUAUAAAGCGGGUAUAAAGAUGCGCGAGCAAUGCAUCCCGAUAUUCCGUCAAGCGCGGCGCGACGUGAUCGAGGCGGGCAUGCCGGGGCUGGCCGGCAGCGGGGAGGCGGACGGGCCCGCGCCCCGCGCGUCCCGCCCGCCCCGCGCCCGGGACAGCAGCGACAGUGACCAUACCGCUGACACACGCAGUGAGCGAGGAGUGUCGAUAGCUCGCAGUGAGAGACGUCAACCCAGCGUACGGGGAGAUACGGACGACGAUAAUAAUACGAGGGACGAUUCCCCGGCGGCCUCAUCUAAGAGCAAAGUGAAUAGGAACUGGUGGCGAGGCCGCGGGCGCGGGCGGGGCCGGCGCGGCCGGCGCGGGCGGGGGCGGGCGGCCCACUCGCUGCCCAGGCAGCCGAGGGAAAUAGACACGCCUACGACCGAUUCGGAAACACCGGUGAUGCCGAAGAAAACUGUAGAGCGCACGCAGAAGUUGGCGACCCCUGAAAAAUCGCCAUCAAAGCAACCCGAAACUUCUAGUGGUUUGGGUCUUCUGGGCGGUCUGAGGAAGCCGACACUUUUAGUGACGCCCUCUACACUAGCGACGCCCCCUAAAAGCUUCGGAUCUGAUGCCACUCUACCAACGUUAUCGGCGAGUAUGGGACGUACGAGCCUAGAGCCGUCGCCGAGGAAGAAGGGUCGCGGGCGUCCGCGCAAGCAAGAUAAAGAUAAGUCUGUAUCAUCGUUUGAUUUGUUUAGGAACAUGGGUGAUGCAAAUGCAGAGGGAGCUGGUGUUCCAAGUAGCGCCUCGUUCUUACAGUACCGAGGCCCGCCCGGGGAGGUCGGCUCUGAUAGUGACCUCGCUUUGUCUAGGUCUUCCAGCAGUAGCUCGGCGUGGUCUCAGUCGUGUUCGUCCUGCACCCACUAUGACGACGACAACGCAUCAGACCACUCCUGUUCCUUUAGUUCAAGUGAUGGAUCAAGUUACAAUGAGACGAUGGACUCGACAGUAGAGGGCGGCAGUGGCGCAGAGCCCCGGCGCCGCGCGCGCCGCGCCGACGCGUCUGAUGCGGAGCCGCCGACUACACCCGUCAAGGGUCGCGGCACGAGAUCGUCCACGUCAAAGACGCCAGUAAAGAGUGCGCAGUCGGACCUCCAGUUGGAACCCUUGCAACUUGUAUGGGCUAAGUGCAGAGGAUACCCCUGGUACCCAGCUUUAAUAAUUGAUCCAAAGAUGCCAAAAGGGUACAUCUACAAUGGAGUACCCCUACCAGUGCCACCGCAGGAUGUUUUAAAUCUGAAGAAAAACUAUGCCCACGAGCCUGUACUCUACCUCGUGUUAUUCUUCGACGUGAAACGUACGUGGCAAUGGCUACCACCAAAUAAAUUAGAGUCUUUGGGCUUAGAUAAAGCUGUAGAUCAAGCUAAGUUGGUAGAGUCAAGGAAACCCACAGAUAGAAAAGCAGUGAAAAAGGCCUAUGGUGAUGCAAUGCAGUUUAGGAAGCAAGUGGAUGGAGAUAAA